AUGGUGCGCUUCAAGCACGUGGGGAAGAAGAGGAAGAAGGAGGAGGCCGCGGCCGCAGCCGCCCCGCCGCCCAAGCCAGCCUUCCUGCUGCUGCACCGGGCCGGGCAAGCAGCCGAGGACGGUGCGUCGCUCUUCCGCCGGCAACCGGAAAGGAAAUUUAAGCCGCGGGCACAGGUGCUGAGCAAGGCGGCGGCCGCCACGGGCUGGCUGGCCAGGAAGCUGCUGUCGCGGCGCGGGCGGCUGACGGGGGGCAGCCGGGCAGCUGACACAGCCUGGUUGUCCCGCAUCGGCGCCAAGAAGCUGCCGUUCCCUGCAGAAGAAGAGAUCCUCAGGCACCGAGCCAACAUGAGGCGGCUGCCGGCCGGCAGUGGGCCCGCGGCUCCCGUUGCUGAGCGGCGCAGCAGCAUGGCGAGGCGCACGUCCUCCCAGCGGCGGUUGCAGCACGGCAGGGCCACGGGGACGCCUGCCCCGCGCUACGGGUGGGCCCAGGAGGAACAGGGUGCGGCCUAUGGACGCCGGCAUGGGUAUGGCAAGGAGGAGCAGGAGGGGCCCUAUGGGAUCCGUCAUGGAUACGCCAAGGAGGUGCCAGGUGGGGCCUAUGGCCGCCAUCUUGGCUACGCCAAGGAGGGUGAUGGACCCUAUGGCCGUCGGCGUGGAUAUGCCGAGGAGGAGGAGGAGGAACCCUAUGGCCUGCAGCACGGAUAUGAGGAUGAGGAGGAAGACUACAUGCACUCACCCACUGCAGCUUACCCACCAGGGUAUGGCUUUGAGGACGCGGUGCCGACCCACUACGUUGAUUACCCUGGCUAUGAGACAGAGGAUGAGUACGGAUUCGAUGGAGGGUUUUGGGAUGAGAAUGAGCCGCUGGAGCACCCCUAUGGCUACUUGGAGCCCGAGGAUGAGGACUAUGGGUCCCCGCUCCACCUCUACGACCCUUACAGCAGUGACCCAGAGUACAGCGAGGAGGUGACAGGACCCUUUGGUUACAGGAAGGACCCCUAUGAGGACUUUGGGGAGCCCCUUGGCCUCACGGCUGGAGGGUACAUGGGGGAUGAGUACCCCGAGCACCGCAUCCAGUACAGUGAGGGUGGGUGGGCACCACGUACCCAAUCUUCCUGCAAUCCCUACGCUCUGGGGCUGGACGAGAUAUCAGAGGCCGAGGAACCAGAAGAUUGGCAGGAGGAAGACAGGGACUAUCCCUUCUCCAUCCUCAGCACCUCCUCGCUGAAGGGCAUGCGGGACACGCUGUCCUCCAAGCUCUCCCUCAACAGGAAAUUCAGGCUCUUCCCAAGGCCCCAGGUAAAGCUGUUUGGCAGGGACCGCCUGGACAUCUCCCUGCCUCCAUCCCCGCACCGCGAUGAGGAUGACUACGAUGAGUAUGAGCCGCCAGCCACCAGCCCCAAAGCAAACCGGGGGGGCCGGGUGUCAGCAGCACGGGUGUGUGGGAGCCCUUUGGGGCAGUUCCUGCAGCGUUCCCUUUCACAGCUCCAGCCCCUCGGCCGUGCGCUGCGGGGCGUGGGGAAUCCCUGGGACCGCGGUGCUCCCCAGCCCUCUUACAAGCGCUUUGGCCACGGGACAGAGCGUGCCGGGUCAGUGCGGGUGGGUGGCAGCCGGGAUCCCCCGCCCCGUGAACCGGGAGCUUCACGGCCGUCCUCUCUCCGCAAUCCCUUUGUAAACCCCAUGCGCUCCCUAUCGCCACCACCAGCCCAGCAGCACCCCAGCAGCGUGCGAGGUGAGCGGCCGCGGCGCUCCGUGUCUUUCGGGGCCAGCUUCCGCCGUGAGCCCCCUGCUGUGCCGCGGGCACCCCCAAAUGCCGCGCCGCCAGCUCCAGCAGCACGGCAUUCGGGGGUGUCGGGGAGACCCCUGACCCCGCGGCCGUCACGGCGGUGCAGCUCUCCUGGGGUGAGUCCCCCGGGACGGCUCCCCGCGGCCUGGCCUCGGCAGCCGGAGCCCCCCACCAAGGCUGUGAAGCCUCUGAUGAGGAGCUCCUUCCUUGCACCGCCCUCACGCCCCGGCAGCCGCCGACUCAACCCUUCCUGGGAGGAAGCCCCCGGCAUGGAGCUGCCUCCCUGGCAGAGCACGCCCCCACCGCCCAGCCCUGCGUCUGGGACCCCCAAAUCCUUCAUCCAGCGCAUCGGGCAGCCCCUCGCUGGCAUGGCCCCGCGCUCGCCACCGCCAAGGCCGCCUCCUGCCGAAUCCGGGGGACGCAGCCCAUCCCCGGGACGGAUCCGUCACGUGGGGCAGUCCCUGGCGUCGCUGAUCGUGGGGAGCAUGCCCUCCUCCAAAGCUCCCUCGUCCCCACCGCCUGCCCGCCGCCCCCUUUCUCGCUCGCCCUCCCCACCGAGACGCGCGUCCCGGAGAAAUGUGGGCACCCCCAGCUCUCCGAGCCCCAAUGUGGGGAGCCCCCAUCUCUCUUCCUCCCCUAGCGCCCGCCGCCGCAGUCCCCCACCCCGCGGCCGCAUCCCCGGCUCGCCCCCCAUCCUCCGCCGCAGCUUCCGUGCCCCCGAGCCUGCGGAGAGCGAGGCCGUGGCUGGGGAGGACGGCGCUGGGCGCUACGCGGUGGUGACGCCGCAGAUCCAGAGGUUGGGCUCCUUCCGGAGGGCGUCCCGCAUGUACAAGCAGCACUGGUCCAAGCAGCACGUCGUGCGGGUGCGGGAGAUGCCCGACGCCUGGACGGCCGAGCAGGGCUACAGCCGGCACCCCGCCGAACGCGGGCGGCAGCGGGCGAGCCAGAGGGGAGCCGACAUCGGCCGGUACCUGGGCCAGCGCUCAGCGAGCGCCUGGAGGGACAGGCACCCCUGGGCGGACGGGUACCUGGGCAGCAAGCAGCCCUGGCGCAGCAAGAUGCAGUCGCUGUGCAGCCUGCCCAUCGUGCGCUACCAGGAGCCGCAAGAGGAGGAUGGGCUGGAGGACAUGACCCAGUUGGAGGACCUGCAGGAAGCCGCGGUGCUGAGCAACAUCCGCACACGCUUCGAGCGCCAGCUCAUCUAUACCUACAUUGGCAGCAUCCUGGUGUCGGUGAAUCCCUACCGCCUGUACAACAUCUACGGGAUGGAGCAGGUGCUGCAGUACGAAGGCAGGGCGCUGGGCGAGAACCCACCGCACCUCUUUGCGAUUGCAAACGUCGCCUACUCCAAAAUGAUGGAUGCCAAACACAACCAGUGUAUCGUCAUCAGUGGGGAGAGUGGCUCAGGGAAGACGGAGGCCACCAAGCUGAUCCUGCGCUACCUGGCAGCCGUCAGCCAGAAGCGCAGCACUGCACAGCAGAUCCUGGAGGCAACCCCGUUGCUGGAAUCCUUCGGCAAUGCCAAAACUGUGAGAAACGACAAUUCCAGCAGGUUUGGGAAAUUUGUGGAAGUCUUUCUGGAGGAUGGUCUGAUUUGCGGUGCCAUCACCUCACAGUAUCUGCUGGAGAAAUCCCGUGUGGUCUUCCAGGCCAAAAGCGAGCGCAAUUAUCACAUCUUCUACGAGAUGCUGGUGGGGCUGCCUGCCCAGCAGCGGCAGUGCUACUGCCUGCAGGGAGCUGAGACCUACUACUACCUGAACCAGGGUGGGAACUGUGAAAUCCCCGGCAAGGAUGAUGCAGAGGAUUUCCGCCGUCUGCUCAACACCAUGGAGGUGCUGGGCUUCAGUGUGGAUGAGCAGAACAGCAUCUUCCGCAUCCUCUCCUCUGUCCUCCACCUGGGAAAUGUCUACUUUGAGAAAUAUGAGACGGACUGCCAGGAGAUUGCAACAGUGGUGAGUGCCACAGAGAUCCGGACAGUGGCUGAGCUGCUGCAGAUCUCCCCCGAGGGCCUGCAGAAGGCCAUCACUUUCAAGGUGACGGAAACACUGCGGGAGAAGAUUUUUACCCCCCUGACUGUCGAAAGUGCCGUGGAUGCUAGGGAUGCCAUUGCCAAGACCCUCUAUGCCCUGCUCUUCGGCUGGCUCACCGACCGCAUCAACAAGCUGGUGUACCCACGGCAGGAUGCCCUUUCCAUUGCCAUCCUGGACAUCUAUGGCUUCGAGGACCUCAACUUCAACAGCUUUGAGCAGCUGUGCAUCAACUAUGCCAAUGAGUACCUGCAGUUCUUCUUCAACAAGAUUAUCUUCCAAGAGGAGCAGGAGGAGUACCUGCGGGAGCAGAUUGAGUGGAAGGAAAUCCCCUUCAAUGACAACCAGCCCUGCAUCGACCUCAUCUCCCAGAAACCCUACGGCAUCCUCCGCAUCCUGGAUGACCAGAGCUGCUUCCCCCAGGCCACGGAUCACACAUUCCUGCAGAAGUGUCACUACCACCAUGGGACCAACCCGCUGUACACCAAGCCGAAGAUGCCGCUGCCCGAGUUCACCAUCAAGCACUACGCGGGGAAGGUGACCUACCAGGUUCACAAGUUUUUGGAUAAAAACUAUGACCAGGUCCGUCAGGACGUGCUGGACCUGUUCAUUAGCAGCAGGACCAAGGUGGUGGCCAACCUGUUCUUCAGCCAUGCCCAGGUGCUGGCCCGGCAGAGGAGCCUGGUCAGGAGGAGCAGCACCAGGACGCGGCGUUACAAGGCUCCCACUGUGGCUGCACGGUUCCAGCAGUCUCUCCUGGACUUGGUGGAGAAAAUGGAGAGGUGCAACCCCUUCUUUGUGCGCUGCCUCAAACCCAACAACAAGAAGGAGCCAGGACUGUUUGAGGCUGAUGUGGUCAGCAGCCAGCUGCGCUACUCGGGUAUCUUGGAGACCAUCCGCAUCCGCAAGGAGGGCUUCCCCAUCCGCAUCCCUUUCUUCGUCUUCAUCGACAGGUACCGCUGCCUGGUCGACAUGUGGUCCAAUGUUGUUCCCAAUGGGGCCAACUGUGUGGAAAUGCUGAGGAACCUCUGCCCCGUCAACCCCAGCAUGUACUAUGUCGGCGUCAGCAAGCUCUUCCUGAAGGAGCAGCUGUACCAGGCACUGGAGAGCAAGCGUGCCCGUGCCCACCACCUGGCUGCACUCACACUGCAGCGCUACGCCCGCACCUUCUUCAUCAAGAAGCGCUUCCGCUCCCUGCGCCGAAAAAUCGUCCUGCUGCAGAGCCGGGCACGUGGCUACCUGGCCAGGCAGCGGUACCGCCGCAUGAGGCACACGCUCAUCAAGUUCAGGUCGCUGGUACACAUCUAUGUGAACCGCCGGCGGUACCUCAAGAGGAAGGAGGAUGCACGCCGGCGGGCAGAGGAGGAGAAGGAAAGGAUGAAGCAGGAGCUGACAAGGAGGGAGGUGGUGGAUGUGACACACCUGGAGAUCCCUGCUGAGCUGAUGGGGCUGCUGGAGGCCGCGGCAGCUGCCCGUGAGGUGAACGCCAGCUGUGUGGUCCUGGUGCCACCACCAGCAUUGCAGCCUGACUCCCAGCUCACCCUGCCCCUCGACAUCAAUGAUUACUCCAUGGCCAAGUACGUGCGGGGCCACUUCCAGGAGCCGGCCUUUGGGAUGCUGACGGCCCCACUGGUGGCCCCGCUCACCCGGCUGGAUAAGGAGCUGUGCCAUGAAGCACUCAGCCUCUUCAAGUUGAUCCUGCGCUUCAUGGGUGACCCGGGGCUGGGUGGCAAGCAGGAGACUCUUUUUGGCAACUACAUCGUGCAGAAGGGGCUGUCGGCACCGGGGCUGCGGGAUGAGCUGCUGGCACAAGCAGCCAACCAGGUCUGGCGCAACACCAACGUCAACAAUGAGGAGCGGGGCUGGCUGCUGCUGGCUGCCUGCCUCAGUGCCUUCCCCCCAUCCGCCGCCUUCGACAAGUACUUGCUGAAGUUUGUCUCCGACUACGCCUUUGCUGGCUACAAGCCGGUGUGCCAGCGCAAGCUGAUGCACGCCAUGGCACGGUCCCAGCUGGGUGCCCGUGCUUACCCACCCUCACUGCUGGAGUGGACAGCGAACCGGCGGCAAGCCAGCAUGGCACUGCAGCUCUUCUGCUUCAAUGGCGACCAAUUCUCCUGCCCCGUGCACUCCUGGAGCACUGGUGAGGACCUGGCAGGAGAUGUUCUGAAGCACAGCAGGGGGCUGGUGGAGGGCUGGCGCGGGUGGUCCGUGGCCAUGAAGGUGGGCACCCAGUGGGCUGAGCUGGCUGGCCAUGAUUAUGUCCUGGACCUCAUCUCCGACCUGGAGCUGCUGCAGGGUUUUCCCAAGCAGAAGUCCUGCUUCCUCAUUGCCUGGGACGGGGCGGGGAGCCGGGACCAUGCCAGCCGGGCGGUUCAUCCCAUGGAUUUGGAUGAAGUGCCGCCUCCUCCGGCUGUCAGAGCACCCACGCUGCCAUCGCUGGUGGAGGCAGAGGGGUACCCACCGCAUGACACCGACUUUGGGGAGCACAGAACCCAGAAGGGUUUGGAUCGGUACCUGGACAGCCUCUUUGACCCAGUGCUCUCCUAUGGCAACGGGGAGCUGGAGAAGCCUGCUGCCAUCGUGCAGAGGAUGAAGGGAGGCGGCAGCGUGGGAGGGGCGGACAGCAGUAGCGAUGCCAAGCAGCAGCAACCUGCCAUGCCCACUGACACGCAGCAGCCAAGGGGUGCGGAGCCAGCAUCACCCCCACAGAACCACACAGACCCCAGCCCACCAGGGGCCCCGGGCAGAGCAGCAGAGGGGGCACCCACACGAGCCCCACAGCCCCGGCCCUACUCACAGAAAGCAGCACCCACAGGCUGGCAGUGGAAUGGCGAGCCAGUGCAGCACUCCCGGCUGAACUCGGAGCACAUCCCACGGCCCACACACAACAUCCGUAACAUCAUCCGGCAGUGCCAGCCCACUUCACGUGGCCCCCAGCCCCACAGCAAGCUCUUUGGGAAGAAGCUGGAUCCCCACGAGGAAGCCUUGCAGAUCCUGAAGGAGCAGCUUUCAGCAGCCCGGGUGCCUGCGGCUGCGGGGAUCACGGAGGCUGUGGCUGAAGUGAAACCGGUCCCCGGUGGCAGGUACCAGAUGAGAGCACCAAUGGGGCGACUGGGAGCCUCCCGGCCUCCAGUCUUCGUGUCGAGGGAGCUCCCAUCUGAGGCACAGCAGGUGCAAACCCAGCUUCACCGCAGCUGCAGCGAGGACUUCUACACCUACUGCAAUGUGCCCUGGAAAAUAUACAUCCGCAAGGAGGUUUUCUACCCCAAGGACAGCUUCAACAACCCGCUGCUGCUGGACCUCAUCUUCCGGCAGAUCUUCACUGACACGCUCUCUGACACCUGCAUCCGCAUCAGCCCUGAGGAGCGGCUCCGCAUGAAAUCCCUCUUUGCGGAAAACAAGCUGGACUCCUUCAGCCCCGUGGCCACUGAGAGUGUCAAGAAGGAGAUUGUGACAGCCGCCCGGGACAGCUGUGAGGUUUAUUUCUCACGCCUCUUCCCUGCCACGGGCAGCGUGGGGACGGGCGUGCAGAUCCUGGCUGUGUCCCACACUGGCAUCAAACUGCUGCGGUUGGUGAAGGGCACCAACAUGCCUGGGGAGCAGCUGCGUGUGCUGCGGGUGUACAGCUAUGCAGACGUGCUCUUCGUGGCCACCCCGUCCAGGAACAUGUUGGAGUUCAACCUGAGCAGUGAGAAGUUCAUCCUCUUCUCCCCAAAAGCUCCUCAGGUGAAGGCCAUGGUGGAUCACUUCAUCACGGAGCUCAGGAAGGACUCCCAGUAUGUUGUAGCUGUGAGGAACUACAGCCCUGAAGAUGGGGCUCAGCUCAGCUUCCACAAAGGAGACAUCAUUCACCUGCAGCCACUGGAGCACCCCAAGAGAGAUCACUACUACGGCUGCGUGGUUCGCAAGAAGGUGAUGUACCUGGAGGAGCUGAAGACUGGCACCCAGGAUUUUGGGUGGAAGUUCGGGGCCAUCCAUGGCAGGUCAGGGCUCUUCCCGGCUGAGUUCGUCCAGCCCGUUGCAGCCCCUGACUUCGUCCACUUGCCAGCGGGGAAGAAGGAGGAGCCUGGGGACAAGAAGGGCAGGGUGGCAGCCUCAGGGGCCGUGGCCAUGGCUGUGGCUUCCACUGCUGUGGCACAGGAACUGGAUCGCAAAACUGAGGGGUCUCCAGCCAGCACCGCCUUCCCAGAGGGUCCAGAGGGUGACAGCAGCCAGCAGCUUGGGGACGGUGCAGAGAGCUGCUCCAUGCUGGCCUUUGCCAGGCGGUAUUUCCGUGCAGCACAGCGUGGGACCACGGAGUCCUGUGGGAGCAAGGGCAAGAUGGAUGGACCCAGCGGGAUGGAGAUGCUGAGGUUCACCAAGAUUCCCAUCCAGGAGUCGCUCAUUGAGUUCACGGAUAACAGCGUCAACAAACUGGCAACUGAGACUUUCCAAGCUGUGAUGAAGUUCAUGGGUGACCACCCUCUGCGAGGGCAAACGGAGCUGGACAUCGUCUGCACCAUCCUCAAGCUGUGCGCCGAGCAUGAGGUGCUACGGGAUGAGGUGUACUGUCAGAUCAUCAAUCAGGUCACUGACAACACCAGCUCCAAGCCGGACAGCUGCCAGAAGGGCUGGAGGCUGCUCUACAUUCUCACCGCCUAUUACAAGUGCUCUGAGGUGCUCAGGCCCUUCCUCCUGGCCUUCCUGCGGAAUGCCAGCCUGCGCCCAGAGCUGCCUUUCCAGGGCAUCUCCAAAGCCUGUGAGCAAAACCUGCGGAAAACCCUGCAGUUUGGUGGCCGCAGCCUUUUCCCCAGCAACAUGGAGCUCAAAGCCAUGGUGGCUGGGCGCAGCGCCAAGCGCCAGCUCUUCCUCCUGCCUGGUGGCAUCGAGCGGCACCUCAAGAUCAAGACAUGCUCAGUGGCUCUGGAUGUGAUAGAGGAGCUGUGCUGCGAAAUGGGGCUGCAGCGCCGAGAGGCUCUGGAUGAAUAUAUCCUCUUCGUGGUCACCAACAGAGGGCAGAGCGUGCGACCUCUGACACGCCGGGAGUACAUCUUGGAUGUGGCCACCGAGACCGAGCGCCUGGAUGCUGCCUACACCUUCUGGUGCCGCCGGGUGGUCUGGGGACAGCCCCUCAAGUUUGAUAACGAGCUCUACGUCACCGUGCACUACAACCAGGUCCUUCCUGACUACCUCAAGGGGCUGUUCACCGUCCUGCCGCCCACCAGGCCAGGAGAGCAGCACUUCCAGCAAGUGGCCAAGCUGGCUGCUCUCCAGCACCGAGCCAAGGAUGGCCACCACCUCCCCACCAUGCGGGAGGUACAGGACUACAUCCCCCCACAGCUCUUCCGCCUGCUGUCAGCCCCAUCCUGGCUGCACAUGGUGACCCAGCACAUGCAGCAAGCACAGGCACUCAGUGCCCACCAGGCCCGGGCGCAGUUCCUGGGGCUGCUGAGUGCCUGCCCCAUGUUCGGCUCAUCCUUCUUCUACAUUCAGAGCUGCAGCAACCACGCCAUCGUCUCACCCUGCAUCUUGGCCGUCAACCAGAACGGCCUCAACUUUCUCAGCAAGGAGACCCACGAGCCCGUGGCCAAGUUCUCGCUGAAGGAGCUGCAGGCGACCCGGACACAGCGCCCGGCGGCCGGCUCCAGCUCUCCUUAUGUGGAGAUCACCACCGGGGAGCUGCAGGCCCAGGGCGUCACCCAGCUGCAGUUGGAGCAGGGCCUGGAGCUGUGCCGCGUGGUGGCCGCGCACGUGGAGAGGCUACUGGGGGCGAGGGAGAAGAGGCUGACGCUGCCGCCCAGCGAGAUCACGCUCCUCUGA